AUGAGGGUGCUCGUUGUUUUGUCUUGCUUGGUCGUGGUGGCGUUUGCUGCUGAUAAAUACAACCCUAAAUACGAUAACUUUGACGUGGACACCCUGAUCUCCAACGACAGACUGCUGAAGGCUUACAUCAACUGCUUCUUGGAAAAAGGACGUUGCACGCCCGAAGGAUCGGAUUUUAAAAAGGCCCUCCCUGAAGCGAUAGAGACCACUUGCGCCAAGUGCACAGACAAGCAGAAGGGUAACAUCAGGAAAGUGAUCAAGGCCAUCCAGCAGAAACACCCCAAGGAGUGGGAAGACCUUGUCAAGAAGAACGACCCCAGUGGCAAACACCGCGGUAACUUCGACAAAUUCAUCCAAGGAAGCAGCUAAUAAUGUUCACCAUGUUCCAACUCUAUUUAGAUUUAAGAAGUAGGUCCUGUAAUAGGUAAAAUACAAAACAAUUUGCUUGAAUCGCAGUUCGACUGAUCCCACUACAGCUCUCUAUAAUGCUGUACCUUACAAUCUCACCCCCAUAGGAUUUAUCCCGUAUCUCCCAUCAUUCCGCUCCCCGGGAUCCAAAUCCUAGUGAUUUAAUUUAUAUGUAGGCUUUUAGAUUUUAAUCGGAUGACAAAUUGUUGUGUUAUUUAUUGAAAUAUCACGAUGUUGACUG